AAGUCGCGUGGCCCGGAGUUUACCUUCCUGGCAUACGUCUUCGUCGUUCUCACGUUUGAAUCUAAAGAACAAAAGCGAAUUUUUCUCCUGGAGCAUUCUUCGUUUAGGUCAUCGAGAGGUAGGUCGUGGAGGAGUUGAUUUUCUUCAAUUCUUUUGUUUCACUACCUUGGUUCAAGCUGCAAAUUUUGUUUCUUCCAGCAAUUCCGAAUAGUUGACCUGGUUGUAGGGAUCUUUUUCAUAUAUCCGACGCAAAGGCUGUCUUUCUAGGUUUUUUUAUUUGGUUUAGUUUAGUGUAAUCCGCCAUGGGAUUUUCCGAGAUUCUCGCGAUGCACUUUAUUUGUGGAUUAAGAAAGUGGAGUACAAUGAAAGAACAUGGAAAUUGGCUUUUCGUUUAUACUGGAUCAGUGGUAGUCUUUGUUGCUCAAUUUGUAACUUACUGAGAACGAUUUGGAUUUGAUCAAGCUUAAUGUAGUAGCGUUCCUAUUCGUACCUGCGAGUCGAAUCUCAGUUUUCCUUUAUCUGCUACAACAAAAUUGAGGGUUUCUACGCUUUAGAGGCUCGAAAAUGGAUAGCUCUGGUCUGGGAGGCGGAUUUCUGUCUGGAAAUGGGGGGUUAUUAGAUCUGGAGUCUCCAAUUCGAAGGCAUCAACAGACCCAGUUGAUCAAUACCUCAUUGACACACAGACAUCACUUGAAGAUGAUGAAUACUUUGGAAGGUGAUCACCAGUCCGUUGGGAUUAUGGACACAAAAAGAAUGGGACACAAAGAUUUAUCGAUGACUUUCACUAAAGGGAAAGCUAUUGCCUCUGGUGGCGUCACAAACAACAGUAACACGAGUGAAGAAGAUGAGCCUAGUUUUACUGAGGAUGGCGAGUGCACUGAAUUUUUGAAGGGCAAAAAGGGCUCUCCUUGGCAGAGAAUGAAGUGGACAGAUGACAUUGUGAGGCUUCUCAUAGCAGUGGUUGCUUGUGUGGGUGAUGACGGUGAGGCUGGAAUGGGCUCGAAGAGAAAAUCUGGUAUUCUACAAAAGAAGGGAAAAUGGAAAAUGGUGUCGAAGAUUAUGAUAAGUAAGGGGUGUCAUGUUUCUCCCCAGCAGUGUGAGGACAAAUUUAAUGACUUAAACAAAAGAUACAAGAGAUUGAACGAUAUUCUUGGCAGGGGAACCAGUUGUAGAGUUGUGGAGAACCCUGCACUCAUGGAUUCAAUGCCUCACCUCUCAAGCAAAGUCAAGGAUGAUGUAAGAAAAAUAUUAAGCUCAAAACACUUAUUUUAUAAGGAAAUGUGUGCUUACCAUAAUGGACAAACAAUUCCUGGUUGCCAGGAUGUUGAUUUCCAAGGUAAGAUUUUGCCUGUUGUUAAUUUCUCGGAAGGAAAUAAUGAGUCAGAAGAGGCUGAUGACAGUGAUAGUGACAGUGAUGAAUCAGAUAAUGAGGAUGAUCACUAUCCCGAAGAAAAUAGAUUAUGGCCGGCUCAAUCUCGUGGCAGGGAUAAAGCGAGUGCAGAUGAUGGUCCUCUUUGGUCAAAUACUUCUGCACAAAAUGAACUUGAAGGUCAAAUUGAUGUUUUUCUUUCGGAUCCAACAAAGCCACAAUGGGAGCGCAGAGAUUGGAUUAAAAAACAGAUGCUACAACUUCAGGAGCAAUGUGUAAGUUUCCAGGCUCAAUCUUUUGAACUUGAGAAACAACGUUUCAAAUGGUUAAGAUAUUGCAGUAAGAAGAGUAGGGAUUUGGAGAGAAUGAGGCUUGAAAAUGAGAGGAUGAAAAUAGAUAAUGAGCGGAGAGUACUGCAACUGAAGCAGAAGGAAAUGGAACUGGAAUUUAAAAGGUCUGAUUCAUCCUUUGGGCCAACCCUUGGCAUUGAUAGAAUUCAAGGGUGAGAUCAAAUUGAUUUGGGUAUCCAUUGAAAGCACACGAAAAACUGAAAAAGCCAUCCAUGUUUCAGAGUUGUGUUGCACGGGAUUUUUAUGAUGCGAACAAAUCCUUUUAAGCCAAAUGCUUGUUAUCAUGCUAACCUUGUAAGCAUGUUUAUACUUAUAUUUCAUUUUAGGAUGGGCCUUUUCUUAUUUUUGGUCCUUGGAACUUUCUGCUGUAAAGUUCAAUGAUUAAUGUUAAUUGGUUCAGUUUCCAAUCGUUUCUGUUUU